AUGUUUCAAAUUGGGGGCCUCAUUGUCUUCUGUGGAUUGCUGGCCCAGCUGGAAGCCCAGUCCUCAUCCCAGGACCUGCCCUCAUCUUUGAUUCCUGAAGCCUUGGCCUCAAGUCCCACAGAUCUUGUUGGAAACUUUACAAAUGCUCUCGGCAAAGGCCUGCUCUCUGGGGGUCUGUUGGACAGUCUCAGUGGAAAAGGCUCUUCCGGUGGCCUGCUUGGCCUGCUUGAGAAACUGACUUCGGCGAUUCCUUUCCUAAACAACAUUGUUGAUCUGAAGAUCACUAAUCCCGAGCUGCUGGAACUUGGUCUUGGACAGAGCCCGGACGGCCAUCGUCUCUAUGUCAACAUCCCUCUGGGCUUUGUCCUCAAUCUGAAAGCGCCCCUGCUUGGAAGUCUGUUAAAGGUGUCUGUGAAGCUAAACACCACGGCAGAAGUCUUAACUGUGAAAGAUGAAGAGCAGAAGGUCCACCUGGCCGUUGGUGACUGUACUCACUCCCCUGGCAACGUGAAAAUCUCUGUACUCAAUGGAUAUGGCUUUCUUAUUCGAAUACUUGUUGACGACCUCACCGAAAUCAUAAAUAAAGUCCUUCCUGAGCUGGUGCAGAAACAGGUGUGCCCUCUAGUCAAUGCACUUCUCAGCCAGUUGGAUGUCACCCUGGUGCAGGGAAUUAUCGAAGCAUUUCUUGCCACUCAGUCCACUCUCUGCCCAGCUCCUGAGGACUCACAGAAAGCUGCCCACAUUCUGGACAAUAUCAUGGUCACUGUUUGGGAACCAGAGCAGCCUUCUCUCUGA